GAAAUGUUGGGGUGAUGCAUUGAAGAUGUUUCCGGUGCCGGUGAGACCAUUAAUACGUAUCUGUGCCCCUGCGUUUUUUGCCAACCUUGCCCUUUUUCACCCCCACCAGGGCAAUCAUGACGGUAGUCGCUCGUUUAUACGUGAUCCGACACGGGGAGACCGAGUGGAACCGCGCAAGAAUUAUCCAAGGUCAAGCUGAUUCCCAGCUCAAUGAUCUAGGAGAAACUCAGGCUGCUAUGACUGGAGAAGCAUUGAAGGCGAUCCAUUUCGACAAAGCUUUCACGAGCGAUCUUUCACGAGCUUCCAAGACGGCUGAGAUAAUUCUGCAGCAUCAUCCCGAUGUCAUCUUGGUGAAAGAUCAAGAUCUGAGAGAGAGGUUCAUGGGGAAGUUACAAGGAACCAAGGGACCAACGAACCCAAGUGAACCUUCUCUUGAACCCAUCGAAGCCAUGAUCGAGCGAUCCGUCGGGUGGUAUAAUCGCGAGAUUGUUCCAUACAUCUCAUCGCUUGCCGAUAAUCCUGAUGGAAGAUGUCGAAACAUUCUGGUUACAUCGCACGGGUGGCUUAUAAAAUCAUUUUUCAAGUUCAUGACAGCGACUGGGAUGUUGGAGUGCACCGAAAGUCUGUUAGGAGCUUCACCGAGAAUACCUAAUGCUAGUUUAUCAGUGGUGGAGUAUAGCACGAUUGGAUCUGGAUCAGAACAGAGGAUUGAGUCUACUGUUGUCCAGUACGGAGAUGCCUCACAUCUAACCGGGACCCAAAUUCUGCAUGACAAUGCAGAUAUGGAUGCACUUAAAUCGUGAUUUUCCAUAGCUUCGUUACACUAGAUGAUAUAUCGUUCUUUUCAUUUUUCAUUUUUCAGCUUGACCUCGAGACUGUUAAUGUUCGCGAAGGUGGUGUCCACAGUGUCCAUCCUACUUUGUAGGAACAUCUUUUGCUACAGCUGCUACAUAAGAGGGAAAAUGUCGACCGUGAACACACGUGUCUCUGUUUCAC